AUGGUGAGAACAAAACCCAGGUCUCCCAACCAACAACAACAACAAAGACAACGACAUAUUCCUCAAACGCAAACCAAUGUAAAAAUGAAAAAGGCACACGACAAGACAAUAUCAAAAAGUGCCUCUACAACUCAUAGAAAGAUCAAUCAUCAUGAACAUAACAAUCCCGAACAUGCCAACAAUAAUUCCAAUUUCAACAACAAGCCUUCCUCAAGCCCUGUCUCAACAACUCAUCAUACAACAAUAUCAACGACAUCUUCAAAUGUAGCAUCCAGUGAUGUCAAUACAACACGAAAUCAUCCCUUCUUCAUGCAAGGAAAAGACGAACCUCUUCUCUCCGAAUCUCUCCCGCCACUGGUGAGAGGCCAAUGUCUUGGAGAGGUUUUUCUUUGCGUGCAUUCCAUAAAGUGGGUGUCACAGAAAUAUCAGAAUUAUUCAAUACAUCCUGUAUGGUGGGGAAGUGAAGACAGAACAAUUUCUUUACACCCACCAGAAUUUGAGGAAAAUUCUCAUAAAGACGAGCUUUGCAAAAUUGCAGUUAGAUACCCCGUUAAAACUCCUGAGGAUGUAUUUAGGAUGUAUCUUUCCAAUUCAAAGGUUUUACCUCUGGUCAUUGUUCAGAAUGAAAAUCAAGUAAUUGCUGAAGCUUCAAUCCCUGUUGUUCAAAUAUCUUCUUCAAAUGCAAUACAAAAAGAAUGGUUCUCAGCGAAAAGAGGAACCGAGGUAAUUGCAAACCUUUUAGUUACACUCGCUCUUGAUUAUUUUGUUCCCAACACUCCUCAAUUAAAUAAUGUUAAAAAAGCGGUACACUUUGAGAAUUCACCCUCAACACAGCUUAAAACAGACUCUGUCGCCAAAAAGGAGAACAUGACCCCCCAACCAUCCAUUUCCAAACCUACUACCAACACUCCACCAACAACAAGCGAAGAACCUGUAUUCCAAAAUGAUCCUCAAAAAAGUGCCAACCUUGACGGGCUUCUCCAACAUGCACAACAACUGUCCAACGACGUAAAUCAAUUUCUUACUGAAGGAAAUGUUCCUUUCAUUGAUUACAAUGCAUUUCGAGACAUGAAAGACACAACAGACGACAUACCUUUUUUCCUUAAAGACACUGAAGAUGAUGACAAAUUCAGUGCUUCAGUAUCCACUAUAUCGCCAAGAGAAAGCUUUGAAAUUGAUCCAAAACAAUCUGUGACAUCAGAAAUGCUAGAAAUUGAGAAUUCCUUGAACCAAUUAUCUGCUUACAACAAAAAUGUUGCCAAUCCAAUGCCCUUCUAUCCACCAAAUUACCCUUUCUUUGUACCUCCGCCUAUUCCUCCAUCAUCAACGCUACAACAUACAACUCCCAAACCAACUACUGAAAAAGAGACCGAUAUGUAUUUAAAUCAAGAAAAAACCAGUGUAAAUAGAGAAGAGCCCAGUAGUAGGAAAAAAGAAAGAUCGCCUCCUGUCAUUGCUCAUCUCCAUGCCCACAUACAUAUGGACGAAAAGGAAGAGCAGAAAAAGCAAAGAUUUGGUUUAAUGCUCCAUAUUAUCUCAGCAAAGCUAACUAAAAGAAUAGGUGACAAAGACACUUGUAAAAUUAAGGUGGAUAUCAAAAUGCCAUUUGGAAAACGGGGUAGUAGUGAACAGCAAAUCAUUGUUGUGUACAACCAAGACAUUCGUGUCAACACGUAUGAAGUGUUUUCCUUCUCGAAUCAAAAAGUAUUUCUUCCGAAAUUUAGAGAUUGUAGUCUAGUCCUUGAAAUAUUUGAUGAUUCUGACAAUUUCUUAGGCCUUUCAAUGUUUAGCUUGAACAAUUUCUUUGAAGCUUUUUCCUUUGAACAGCCUCCCAAGUAUUUAUUUCCAGAUAAAGAAGAACCCGUUAUUGGACAUUAUGGCUCUUUCACUAGUACAAAUCCAAUUACUGAUGAGGUUGUGCUUGAAAUGAACUGUGUGUUAGCUUUUGGAACAGAAGCACAGGUGAAAGGGUUUGUUAACUCACAACGCGCAGCAAUGACUAUUCAAGAUUUUGUAAGGUCAUCACUCUCUAAAUCUAAAGACAAAAAUCAUGUUGAGGAAUAUUCACAAGACGAAGAAUAUGACACUCAACAUGAGAACUCAACUAAACCAUUAUCAUCCACCGAUCAGACACGUCCUAAGCAGAAAUUGAAAAUUGCUCACAAUGGUGUGGAGCGCGACUACGAAGACCCUGAAAUUGUUUUUGAAGAACAAGCCAACAGGAAAGAAGAAAUUCCUCGCGAACAUAGUCCACGCAUACCCCAAAUUCCAAAGUGUAUACCUCUGCCAGUAUUGUCAUCAUUGUUUAUUCGUGUGAACAGAGCGAGUGGCCUCAAAGAUGCAGCAAUCAAGUGCGGUACGUAUAAUUCGCACAUGAGAGCAGCAAGCCAAGUGGGAGUAAAUCCAUUUGUGGAGUUUGAAGACAUUUCAAGUGGAAAACAAAUUCAAACGCCUGUGCUUGCCUCCACAUUUUGUCCAGUUUGGGACUAUGAGUAUGUGACUGAAUUUUUAUUAGAUGAAGCCAUGUAUCAUAAUGUUAACCACGGCGAGUUGGUGUUUUGCGUUUUUCACAGGAUCCCUCAGUCAAGAAUUACCAGCAACAGUGCCUCAAGUACUGUUGAGCUUGGAAAAGUAAUGGUUCCUCUUAGAACACUGUUGUCAAACAAGCAAGGAAUAUCUGGGUGGUUUGAUAUUCACUCUCAUGACGAUACCGUAGUUGGUACCAUUGAUCUGGAAGUGUUUUUCGACGAUCAAACCGUUCGAAGUUUAUUUGUGAAUGAUCCAAAAAAAAAGGUGUUACGGCAACCAUACCCAUAUCCUAUUUGUAGAUUUACUCUAAUCAUUGAGGAAACAAAUAUUCCAACUCAAGUGUUGGAAGAAUUAGUUCCAUUUUAUAUGUUAGAAGAAAAUCAAUCCAUUCCAUGCUAUCUGUUUGUUACGUAUCGAUUCUAUGGAGAGCAAAAUUUCACAGAAAGUAGACAUUACAAAUCUUCCACAUCCAUUUCAAAGACAAUUAUGCAUCAUAGCUGUGAAUUUAAGAAAGUUUUAGAUCCAAAUCUCAAAAACACGAUAGAGCAAGAAAAACUUGCCAUUCAUGUGUAUUGCUCAGUUGAUAAUGGAAGAGAUCAAAAUGAAACUUCCAUAAGAAAGAGAGCAAAGCUUAUAGGUUCUGCAUACGUUGACAUUAACAAUCUGAUUGCUCAUUCUGAUUCUUCAAAAACCCUGUUUAUCAGUGGUCUGUAUAAUAUUGUGAACACCGAAUCGGAUAUUCUUAAUCACGGAAAUGUGAAGAUCAAGGUGAGCAGUGAGAGGAUUAAUUUUGGUGUUUCAGCAACAAUGAACACACUCCAUCAGAAACCACACAUUCGAAGCAGUGGAACCCAGGCAAAUAUUGAUAUUUCUCUUCAAUCCGACGAUGAAUGUUGCAGUAGCAAUGAUACCAAACAAGAAAAUUUAAUCAAAGAGCCUGAAAUGACGUUGGAAGAAAAGGAGCUGCAAAUAGCACAAGAUGAUGAUGUACUGAUCAAACAACCAAAAACACCUUCAAGAAAAAGAGUUGCAAUAGAAACUACCUUCUCUCCUAAUCAAUCUCUCAUUUCAAACUUGGUUGAAGAGCAAUCAGUUGUGGAAUCGCCUCUCUUACUUGAUAUGUCAAAACGACCUCUUAAUUACUUGAAUAUUUCGAUAGAAGAGGCAAAAUUGACAAAGAUUUUUCAUUUUCACGGUAUAAAGCCAGUCAAUCCAAGCCCCUAUGUGAAAAUUAUUUCUCCUAACCAACAAACGCAUGAACAAUCUGAGGAUAAGGCUGUUGUCACAAGUGUGGUGCCAAAUGAAAACGGGUUAAUGCCAUCAUGGAAUGAACGUUUUCGAGUUCCCAUUUACUCUCAAAUAGAAUUUGUUUCCCUUCAGGUGUGGUCAAGAAACCAAGACCAGUUCGGACCAACCUUAGACACAUUGAUUGGAUUUGCCAAGGUUGACAUCUCAAGCUUGUGGUAUGGUUUGAGAAUUAUAGACGGCUGGUACAACAUUGAAGAUGUAGAAAAGUCAAAGAUAGUGGGACAGAUCAAAAUAGCCAUUUCCCUUGACUCUCCAACCAAAGUUUCCUCUCCUCAGAUUCGACACUCCAGCGAAAUGGUGAAAGCCGAAAGAUUUAUGAUGAAGAGUUUUGACAAGCACAUUAUGACUAUAACGAACUCUCAGCCACCAUCACUUCAACAACAACCAGAAGAAAACUUUUGUGGUGAUCUUGUUGCUCCAAAUGAUUUGUUUUAUUCGAGCAUUGACUUGGAGAACGAAAAAGCAAAGCUUAAAAAUUGCUUGAGCGACCUAGAAAACAUGAUUAACAAUCAUUAA